CAGCCGCUCGUCUGCAAGUGACCCGACAACUCGGCAACAGGGAACGGAAGACCAGACAAUAGGAUUCGACGGAUAAAUGUUGGUUUGAAUGGAGGAAGGACUUGGAUUUCUUUGAGACCGGAAUGUUAAUGAGGAGCCGGCGGUGCCGCUGGGACCAGCCGGUGAGCUGGACGGUUUGCGUGUGUGGCGUGCGCGGUGCAAAUGCUUCCGGGUGGAUUUGAGCCGGUCUAAUUGCCGCUGCCAGGAAGGAGGAGGGAAGAUGAGUGGUGAUAUGGAGUCUCUUCUGUGCUGGUGUCAGGAGGAGUUGGUUCGCAAGUUUAAUCUGGAAGUGAAUGAGGAGCUGAUUCAGUACAUCCUAUCGAUUGAGAGUGCAGAGGAAAUUGAAGAUUACAUUGCUGACUUGAUUCAAGGGACCGAAGGGAAGAAACGGACUUUCAUUGAUGAGCUUCUGAAAAGGUGGAAGAGAUCGCAAGAGUUACUUGCUCCUGGACAAGUACAGUUAUACAGAAAAAAAGAUGAGGUUCCAGAUUUAUCAAAAGCUGGUGACCAGCUCAAGAAGUCCAAGCGGAAAGGCCGGAACAAGCAAGAGCCAUUGCUUGUGUCGGAGAGCCAGCUCCCAGUGGAAGAAGUUAAAACACCCAUGGAUCUGGUAAAGGUGCAAGAGACUAAUUCUGCAUCCAAGAAGAAGACAAAGUACCUGUCCCUGUACACAAAGGAGGGUGAGGACCGACUUGCUGUCACUCUCCCUGGCCGUCAUCCCUGUGAAUGUUUAGGACAAACGCACAAAUUAAUCAACAACUGCCUGGGUUGCGGCCGUAUUGUCUGCAUGCAGGAGGGAUCGGGUCCCUGCUUAUUUUGUGGAACGCUGGUCUGUACCAAGGAAGAGCAAGAGAUCCUUGUCCGUGACUCAAACAAGAGUCAGAAAUUACGCAAGAAACUCAUGGGGACUACAGGUGCAGGGAAUCCUGAUACUUUUGAGAGGGAGCUGCUGCCUCAUCAGGAAAUGGUUCUGAAAGCUGGGCUGGAGAAAGCUGUUAAACACAAAGACAAGCUAUUAGAAUAUGACAAAACCAGUGCUCGCCGGACCCAGGUCAUUGAUGAUGAAUCUGAUUACUUUGCUGCUGAUUCCAACCAGUGGCUCUCCAAACAGGAACGAGACAUGUUACGCAAAAGAGAAGAAGAAUUAAGGGAGUUACGGCAUGCAUCCCAUCGAACAAAGCAGAUCACGAUUGACUUUGCUGGAAGGAGGAUCCUUGAGGAUCAGGGACCUUUGGAUCAGUAUUACAGCAGACUGGAUGAUCUUGUACAAGAAAUGAAGUCCGGUUCACAGAACAACACUUCCAGCAAGCAGGUUGAACGGAACAAGCAGCAGCUCGGCGAAUUGGUCAAUCCCAAUAUCAUUCAAUUUCCUCCCGUUUAUGUGGAACUCACUGGUACAGGCACCCAUAGGAGAGGGGGCGACACCCGCUCACAGAGCAGAGUUAGUGAUGUCACCUCACAGAAGAGCCGUUUGCGAAUCCAGGACCGAGAGCUGUUGGAGAUGUCUGAUGAUGGGAUGUGUCUCAGUAUGCAUCAGCCCUGGGCUUCACUACUUGUAAGUGGCAUCAAAAGGGCAGAGGGUAGGACCUGGUACACAUCACACCGAGGCCGGCUAUGGAUUGCAGCCGCUGCCAAAAGACCAUCACCCCAGGAAAUAACUGAGAUCGAAGGCACCUAUAGGGCAAUGUAUGGCAGAGACAUUGAAUUUCCCAAGGACUACCCAACUGGCUGCCUGUUGGGCUGUGUGGAUGUGACAGACUGUGUGUCUCAAGAGCAGUACCGUGAGCAGUUUACAGACCAGGAGUGUGGUUCUCCAUUUGUGUUUAUUUGCACCAAUCCCCAGGAGUUGCUGGUGAAAUUUCCAAUUAAAGGACGACACAAGAUCUGGAAAUUGGACUCCAAGAUUCAUCAAGGAAUGAAGAAGGGGUUACUGCGACAAAAGCAAAUUGCAUAGUGGAAAGAAAAGCAAACAGGGACCUGUCUCAUUCUGGAGUGCUUUGUGGCUAAAAGCCCCACAGCUGGUAAUUUAAAAGCCUGUCAUAAAAUCUACAGUCACUCACCCAAUAAAAUAUGAGUCCACAAUCCAACAAGCUUUCAAUGCAUUUACCAGUGACUCAGACCCAACAUCUGACAACCCAGAAAUGCAAGAACUUCAGUGUUUAAUAAUCCAAUCAACAUGCGGUUCAAAUACCUGGUAAUUUAAAAGAAAGCCUUGCAAAAAAAAAUUACUUUCUAAUACCCCUGCUACAUGAUUAUUCUCCUAAUGCAGGGAAGUGAAUCCCUGCGAUUUCUGCAAAUUUAAAAAAAAGUCUUGUUCAGCUUUACUUGUUUCAUUGAUUAAAAGAGUUGACACAA